GACGAAAGCAAUAUUUCAGGAAAGGACAUCCAACGUGCAGAACGGUUUGAGGGAUGGCGGGUCCCAGAAAGAUUGCGUCAUUUCGCCUGCCUCCCCUGCCCACCAUUGGGGAGGUAAUCAAACUGUACAACCUGCGAGCAGAGAAACAGCUGUCCCAGAACUUUCUACUGGACAUGAGGCUCACAGAUAAGAUUGUGCGCCAGGCAGGCAGUCUGAGGGACGCCCAUGUGUGUGAGGUGGGUCCUGGACCUGGAGGUCUGACCCGCUCCAUCCUCAACGCUGGGGCUGCAGACCUGCUGGUGGUGGAGAAGGACAACCGCUUUAUACCUGGACUAAAGCUCUUGUCUGAAGCAGCACCAGGGAAGCUCAGGGUUGUCCAUGGUGACAUACUCACAUACAGAAUGGACAGAGGAUUUCCAGAUGUCAUAACCAAGGCAUGGGAGGAUGAUCCGCCGGACCUGCAUAUCAUAGGGAACCUUCCCUUCAGUGUGUCCACUCCUCUCAUCAUCAAGUGGCUGGAGAACAUAUCCAACAGAACUGGACCAUUUGUUUACGGCCGGACCAGACUCACCCUUACCUUUCAGAAAGAGGUGGCAGAAAGGUUGACAGCCAGCACAGCCAGCAGACAGAGGAGUCGUCUGUCCAUCAUGGCCCAGUACCUCUGUACUGUAAAGAGCUGCUUCACCAUCCCAGGACGGGCCUUCAUCCCCAAACCUGAGGUGGACGUGGGGGUGGUACACUUCACACCGCUGGUUCAGCCCCAGAUCCAGAAGCCCUUUAAGCUGGUGGAGAAAGUAGUCAGGAACGUCUUCCAAUUCCGGAGGAAGCGCUGCCGCAAAGGAAUCGAAAUGCUGUUCCCGGAGGCGCAACGGCUGGAGCUGGCGGAAGUAAUGAUGCGUGAGGCGGACGUGGACCCCACCCUGCGCCCCACGGAGCUCUCCAUCCCUGACAUCAGAGCCCUGGCAGACGCCUACAGCCACCUCUGCUCUGAGAACCAGGGUCUCCUCACCUACGACUUCAGAGAGGAACUCCGACUCAAACACCUUAACAGACGCCCGGGCAGCAGCUCUAAUGGUACUCAGCAGCCAGUCUGACAGAGAGAUGCUUAAAGGGCGGAGUGGAAGGAAUGCCUAAUGGUCUCUGUUAGUGACGAGAGAGACAACGGACUGCUCUUAGCCCUGACAUUUCCACCUGGCACACGCAUGCAUUUUUAAUCGCCAUUUCACUGUAGUCCUGGAGGAGACCGUGAAUCUUAGAUGGGAUAGAAACAACAGGGGAGAACUGAACACUGGGCUGUGGCGGGAGAGACUAUGGGCCUCGGUCCAAACUGGAACAGCUAGUGUAGCUAACACAUACUGAGCUCAGGCACUCCAAUCCAGUUGUAAAGAAAUUGUCAUAUUUUACACAUUCAAGGAAAUGUUUUUUUGCAUGAUUCACCUUCUGAGAGUAGGGUUAGCCUAGAGCAAUUUAGGGUUACAUGCCUUGCUCAAGGGCACAGCGGCAGAUUUUCACCUUGUCGGAUCGGCAACUCAAACUAUCGCCUUUCGGUUACCAACACUCUAGGCUACCUGGGAGCUUCAAGCUCUCGUGCAUUAUACCCUGGUUCUUACCUCAUCCUCUGGGAGAUGGAGUCCAGAAACAUUUAGAGUUAGAGAAUGAGAACAUGUUGACAUUAUUCAGGCCAUUCCACCUCCCUCUCACUAACUGGAGAGGAGGGAAGUGCUGUUGGAAAGUUGUCAGCUCUUGGUGAGGCUCUGUGUGCCUUGUUAUAAAUAAAACGCUGGCCAUCUGUUAUGAACAUUGUGGGUGAGUGAUGAUAGUACAAUAGUGUUUCAUUUGUUUGUGCUGUACAAUCCUCAGAUGUGUACAAAUAAAAAUCCUGGCUAUUUUUUUUAUUUGUUGCACAUUUCUUCCUCCUGCUUCUGUCAAUUACCUAGAUCGUUGGUCCAAGGAUUCUUCAUUUUUCUGACAGCUUAGCCUUGGGAUGGAGCUAAAACAAACAUUUGCUUUAGCUGUCAAUGAAAUGAGCUUAAAGGCAGACUGAGGCAGCUUUGAAAUAAAACAAGCGCUCACAGAUCACGUUUAUUUAUUAAACAGGUCCAUGAGAAAAAGGGCUUUUCACAUUCAUUGGUAAACAAGCGGUAAAGUGGAGGGCAAACAGUAGCUUCAAGAUGCAACGGCUAAAAAACAAGUACCUUUACAAAAAUAUACCCAAACUACUUGUGGUACUGUAUUUAUUGCAAAUCACAGCCGUAUCUACCUGUACAAAUGUCAAGUAUGUGUAAGAAUAUAAAAGAUUCAAAUUAACUUACAGUACAGCUAUUCUGGAAAAAUAUGUACAUAGAAACGUAUCGGGUAUGGGAGCUGCAAACAGGGCAAGUUGACAACACAUGGUUUCAAUUAAAUCAUGCCGCUUUAUUUGACAACGCCUGUGCUACGCUGGAGGAUGACAACCAUACUCAUUCAAUACACUGAAAAUAAAUCUAAUUGGGCGAAAAAACUUUUUCUUCAAUUCAAGCCUUAACCCCAUAUUUAUUUUGCAGAUCAAUAAAUAAACAAAUAAAGGAUGUUUCAAAUAUAGGCAGACAGUGUACUUUAGUGCACAAAAUACAGCAAGGCAGAGUCGCAAUAAAAUCUAUGUCCAUUCAUCCUGUCCUGUUGAUUCAGAUGAAGGCCUUUGUUCAGUCUAUUGAUAAAGCAUCACAGACCGAGUGAUAGAAACGUAAGCUUAAUUUCCGAUUGAGCCGACAUAUGCAACAUUUACCCAGAAUGCAGUCUCCGCUAAUAGGGGAACAUUCCCUUUAAAAAGUUCAAUCACGUAACGCUGAACUUCCGGCGAUACGGAUUGAACUAUAGCCCUAACUUCCUACAGGAAGUCUGAGUUAGUGAAGCUUUUAGGGCGAAUCUCAAGUGGCAUCCUCAUCUCCUUUCCUCUGACUGAUGAGAGCAACGUCUAUCCAUCAAAAUUAUACUCACCUCUCCUAUAUCAAGGAGACGAGGGGAGGAAGCCAAUUGAGAUGGCCCCUUGGAGCUGGGCAGAGUGAGGCAUAUACAGUAGAGCGCUGGGUGGAGGCAGAGCUACGUUGUGCAUCAGUGCUCGGCAGAUUCAUUGCAGUCAUGAUCAGAAACAGUCACCUCGUCUCUCUCUAGGGGGAAAACCAACAUCUGUCCUUUUACACCUGUGCAUAAUGAAGCAGGUGGGAUCUGCCUUGGUCGUUCCACGUAAUGCGUCCCUUUGAUAUUUUCAGUAGAAAUUGUGCACCAAUAUUGAAUUUUAAAAGUCUGUUGUAUUAAAUGAAGUGCCCAACAUGGAACAUUCAAUAAAUAUGCAUUUUGACAUGUCC